AUGUCUCGCAGAGUCACUCGUUCAUCUGCGAGGCUCGCUGCAGAGUCUGGCACCUCGACCACCUCACCUGUCGCUCCCUCCAACCCGUCGACGGCCAUCUCCACGCCAAACCGCCCGACCGCCUCGUCGAGAAAGCGAAAGGCCCCGGCUCUCCGAGCAUCUAGUCCUAUCGAUCGGUCUGAAGAGACGAGCACCCCAUCGACCCGUCGUGGAAAGAGACAAAAAUUGACCGAGCAGGCCCAGCCUCAGCCAGCAAUCGCACAGCCUGUCUCCCGGUCGACUCGGAGAAGAGCAGCGCAGAACGAGGUGGCGAUGUCUAAUAAUGGUACCUCUUCAAAAUACCCUGAAGAGUCCGAGAAACAGUUACCCUCGAAAUCGAGUUCACGCCGGCAAUCCAGCAGAAAUAACAAGACUCAAGACCUCUCUCCUCCUGCCCCGUCCUCUCAGCCACGCAGGCAGAGGAAGCGUUUAGCGAAGAAGGACCAAGAUGUUCAGAUGAAAGACGAGGAAGAAGACGAGAAACUUUCGAGUCAAGAAAAAGACACUUCGCCUCUUGCUCAUCCCCCCAACAGCGAUAGUAACGACGGGGACGAUCAUACCGAUAUGGAUGAAGACGAUGGCCCUGAUCCCUUUUCCGCUGCCCUUUUCGGUGCUGGACGCGGCCCUUCUUCAGGAUUGUCGAGUACGUUACGAGCCUUGAGUGGAAUGAUGAGUGGCAUGUCAUCAAGAUUGAGAGAUAUCCUGAACAACCUACGCCAGACGUCCAAUCCCACGAUGCAGAUGGUGGCUCUAGAAGAGUUGUCGAAUCUACUGCUGGUCUCAAACGAAGACAAUCUCUCGGGCCAAUUUUCGCCAGAUCCCUACGUCAAAGAACUCGUGGCCUUGAUGCAACCCAAUCCCAUCACGGGUGAGGAGAAUCCCGAGAUGAUGCUGUUGGCUUGUCGUUGUAUUGCCAAUUUGAUGGAGGCUUUACGAGGCUCGGUUGCCAACGUGGUGUAUGGAGGCGCUGUGCCCGUCCUCUGUCAAAAGUUGCUUGAUAUUCAGUACAUCGACGUCGCCGAGCAGGCCUUGAGCACGUUGUCUAAAGUCUCGAUCGACUUCCCUGGAUCGAUUGUUCGCGAGGGCGGCUUGACCGCUUGUCUUCAAUUCCUUGACUUUUUUGCCACCGGCACACAGCGCACUGCUGUUACCACUGCAGCCAAUUGCUGUCGUAACAUACCUCACGAUUCAUUCCCGGUCAUUCGAGAUGUUAUGCCGAUCCUUCUCAAUGUCUUGUCCAGUCACGACCAGAAGGUUGUUGAGCAAGGCUGCUUGUGCGUCACUCGGGUUAUCGAUAGCUUCAAGCACAGUCCGGACAAGCUUGAGCAACUGGUUGAUCCUCCCUUACUUCGAGCAAUCCUGGGGCUUCUCCUGCCAGGUACUACGAACCUUAUCGGCGCGAAUAUUCAUACCGAGUUUCUCCGAGUGCUCGCGAUAGUAGCACGAGCAAGCCCCCGACUUUCUGCAGAACUGUUGAAGAUGAACGUCGUCGAUACAUUGUACCAGAUCCUGACAGGGGUUUCGCCUCCUACUGAGACCGAAGACGCUGCCUCCAAAAUUGAUAGCGUUGUUAUCAUGCAAGCCUUGAUACAUAGACCCAGGGAACAGAUCUACGAGACCCUGAACGUCAUAUGUGAACUCCUUCCUAGCCCAAACCUCUCCACUGAGUCGGAUCUCGAAGUCUACGAAGAUGUGGAUGACUACAUGUCCGAUGAGGGCAACCAGCAAUCAGCGCAGCAAUCAAAGACGGAGAAAAGAUUGGAGCUCCUGCAUGACUGCAAGCAAGAGACUCGCCGUUUUGCGACCAUCCUCCUGCCGACGUUGACGGACGCUUACUCAAGUACGGUGAACCUGAGUGUCCGCCAGAAAGUACUUAUCGCCCAGCUCAAGAUCCUUUCCAACCUUGAAACUUCUGUCAUCGAGGAGGCUCUACGCCCAGUACCAUAUGCAUCAUUCCUUGCGUCGAUAUUAUCUCAAGAGGACCAUCCAAGCUUGGUCAUGUUUGCCCUCCAGGCGUCAGAGUUGCUUUUUGAGAGACUCGAAGACAUUUAUCAAUACCAGUUUCACCGCGAAGGUGUCAUUGGCGAGAUCAAGAAAUUGGCUGAUAGGCCCCUCGAAAUCGAUGUCAAAUCUUCGAAAAGCAAUAAUGCGAACGGUCGCACCAGCGGUCUGGGCGACAACGGAGUUCAAACAAUGGACGACGAGAAGCAACGCCAGGGGCGCGAUGACGUUGACGACGAAGAUCACGAGGGAGAAGUCGACGAAGACGACGGCGAGGAAAAUGAAGACGACGAUCCGGACGACGAAGACAACGAAGAAAUAAGAGAUGACGACGAGGAAGAUGAGGACGACGACAUUGGAGUCCGACAUCACCACGCUCAUGAUCUAGAUGAUUCUCAGAGUUCAGACUCUUCUGACGAUGAUGAUGAGAUGCCGUCUCCACUGGCCAUUGCCGGAGUUGCUGAUAUGGUGGUCAUGCGUGCGAAGAAGUUCUUGGAAAAAUACGACACGCCAAAGGGUAGGGAAUUGAAGGAAAAGGCCUCGAAGAUCCGUGCCGACCUCCACGAGCUGGCAAACGAUAUUGAGAAUUUCUACGCUCAAUCAAAGCAGGUGGAAACCGAAAACAACCUCUUCAUUCGCCUGGCAAGUUAUUUCGAUGGUGAUGCCUUGGAAAGUAUAACAAGCUCCGAGUUGCUGGACUCCGGGAUCAUUCGUGUGCUUGUAAAAGUACUGUCUGAAGUACCCACGACGCCCAGCACUGCCAGGGUACACUUCGUUGCAGCUUUCAUGCAGACGAUCUACAAAGGCAAUGUGAAAACGACGUCUGCGACGUCUGCAGCGACGCCUUUCAGUGUGCUCAUCCAAAAGUUGCAAGAUCUUCUAAGCCGUGCAGAACAUUUCGAAGUUCUCACUGUCAACAACAAUGCUUCCGAGAACAAUCGGAGCAGCUCCACAUCAAUGUUGUCGCGUCAGCUCCGUCUAAAACUUUCAGCGGAUGCCGAUAGCGAUAUUCCGCCUACAUAUCGUGAUAUGGUGGUUUCUAUUCACGCUAUUGCCACUUUCAAAGCCCUUGAUGACUACCUUCGACCUCGAAUCAGCCAGUCCGAACGACCGGCGUCUGCCCAACGACGCCGAGACAUGCUACAGCAGCUCGCAAAUGCUCGUCUCGCUCAUCUCUCCGGUGCGGCUGAGUCAGGAUUGUUAUCUCCUUUCGGCCAGGAACUGAGCUCUCCAGCUCCAGCAGGGAAGACGGACUCUCGUCCCGAGUCCCGAGUCUCUUCUCGAACGAAACAGCGAUCUGAAGAGCGCCAGAACCCUGUCGAUAAGAAGGCGGCUGACAAGCCCGAGCGAAGGCGGUUGACCCGGCGUUCCCUGGCGUCUUCAUCCAACCAGCCUUCGGCACCAGAGCCUAGCUCCGAGGACACCUCUAACAAGUUAGAAUGUGCCGAUGAAAAGGUUCUCGAAGAUCCUGAAGCUCCAGCUGCAGAAGGAGAAGGCGCACUUGAAGCCUUCGUAGAUGGCCUGGAAGAGGAUGACUCGGAUACAGAAGCGCCUGAACCAGGAGCUGUGAACAUGGAAAUUGGCUCCAGUGGCAAGGUGACGGCUCGAAAAGAAGACGGUACCAGAGUGCUUACCCCUCAGCCAGGGACACCAGUUCCUGGCAGCACUCGCCCACCAUCCUCAGGACAAUCGCCAGGGCCAUCUCCAGCGGGGCCAGGAGCUCGUCCUUCAUAUGCCCAAGCCCUUGCGUCGAUUCCUCAAGAUUGGCACAUUGAGUUCAGCAUCGAUGGGAAGAUUAUCCCAAAUAACACAACCAUCUACCGAGCAGUCCACCAUAACCGUGACCAGCCACAGCUUCCUGCAUCGCGGAGCGUCUGGUCUGGUGUCCAUACAGUCAAAUUCAGAAAGGUCCGCGGCCCUCCUGCUACUCCUUCGAAUACGUCGACGUGGGACGAGAGCGAAACCCGGGGAUCCCAAAAUGGCCUGCCGGCAUCGUUCAGCGACCAUCCCGUCACUUCUUCUAUUCUCGCUCUGCUCCGAAUCCUUCACGAGCUCAACGCAAAUCUUGAUGAGCUCCAAGAUUCCAUUGGACAACUGGAGACAAAGCUCUACCCAGAAUCCCUUGCAUCCUUUAUCAACACCAAGCUGACGGCUAAGAUGAAUCGCCAACUGGAGGAACCCCUGAUUGUGGCUAGUAACUGCUUGCCAGAUUGGAGCGAAGACCUUGCCCGGUCGUUUCCGUUCCUGUUCCCCUUUGAGACGAGACACCUUUUCUUGCAGUCAACCUCGUUUGGUUAUUCACGUUCUAUGAUUCGAUGGCAGAACAGCCAAUCAGAGAACGAUGACCGGCGCGAUCGUCGCCGAGACGACAGACCUAUGCUGGGCCGGCCUCAGCGUCAGAAAGUGCGCAUCUCUCGUCAUCGUAUCUUGGAGUCAGCCAUGAAGGUUAUGGAUAUGUAUGGUGCCUCGCCCAGUGUCCUGGAAGUUGAGUACUUUGAAGAAGUCGGAACUGGUCUCGGGCCCACCCUCGAGUUUUACUCGACCGUGUCGAAGGAGUUCUGUAAGAAGAAGCUGAAGAUGUGGCGUGAGAACGACUCGGGUGAGAAUGAACAGUUCGCUUUUGGCAAGAAUGGUCUUUUCCCGAUCCCGAUGAGCUCGGAGGAGAGCCGAAGCGAGGCUGGCAAGAAGUUACUGCUGUUGUUCAAGACGCUCGGCAAAUUCGUGGCUCGAUCGAUGCUUGAUUCGCGCAUCAUCGACAUCGCAUUCAGCCCAACGUUUUUCAAGAUGGGCGGGGCCAGCAAUGUUGCUCCCUCGAUUGGCCUGUUGCGCACAGUCGACCAGGACCUGGCCAAUUCUCUAUCUCAGCUUCAACAUUUCCUCAAAGCCAAAGCAGGAAUCGAACUUGAUUCAUCUUUGACAGAAGACGAGAAGACGCAGGCGAUCGGGGAUCUCACAAUCCGGGGAGCCAAAGUUGAGGAUCUCAUGCUGGACUUCACCCUGCCUGGCUAUCCUAGCAUUGAGCUCAUUCCAGAUGGCUCGAACGUCAGCGUGACCAUGAAAAAUGUCCAGCAAUAUGUCGAGCGAGUCCUCGAUCUUAGUCUGGGAAGCGGUGUACGCGCUCAGAUUGAGGCCUUUCAGACCGGAUUCUCUCAAGUCUUCUCAUACUCGUCUUUGCGGGCAUUCACGCCGGAUGAGCUUGUCAUGCUAUUUGGUCGCACCGACGAGGACUGGAGCAUCGAAACACUAAUGGACUCUGUCAAAGCCGAUCACGGAUACAACAUGGACAGCAAGAGCGUCAAGAAUUUGUUGCAGACCAUGUCGGAGUUGACACUGCCUCAACGUCGCGACUUUCUACAGUUCGUCACUGGCAGCCCGAAACUUCCCAUCGGAGGCUUCAAGAGUCUCACGCCGAUGUUUACUGUGGUUUGCAAGCCCAGCGAGCCACCAUACACAUCCGACGACUAUCUGCCUAGUGUGAUGACUUGUGUCAACUACCUCAAGCUUCCAGACUACACCUCGCAGGCCGUACUAAAGGAGAGGCUGUUUGUGGCUAUUCGAGAGGGCCAAGGAGCAUUCCACUUAUCCUAG